AACAUCAUUGUUUAUGGGCGGGACUUCAGUUGAGGCUUUAAAUGCUCACCUCCAUCCAGAGACUCAUUAUUUAACGCUGGAGUGAUUUACCUGACUUCAAAUAGAUUAUUCAGCAGAAGAUAUGAACAGCUCGGUAAUGGAACUGAAAAUCAAAGUGAUGAACGGAGAUGAGAGGAGUCUGGAAGUGAGAAGUGAUGACACGGUUGGAGACCUCAAGCAGCUCAUUUCUGAGCUCUUCAGAGAGCCUCCUUCCAAACUGAGGCUUUCUGACGAGAACCGUUCCAUUUUCAACCUUGAUUCCAGGAAACUCAGCGAAUACGGUUUGCGAUCAGGCUCAGUUGUGAUCCUGGUCAUCAACAGACCUUUCCAGGUGUUGGUUAAAAAUGAAAAAGGCAACAUAGGAACGUAUGAUGUUGCUGUCAAUGAGACCGUAGAUCAGCUCCAGACUAAGGUCUACAACAAAGAGGGAGUCCCAAAGGACCAGCAGAUACUGAUUUACCAAGGCGAAAAGCUUAAGGCUGGCAAGAAGUUGCAAGACUACAACAUCAAGUCAGGAGACACCAUUUACAUGACUCUCCGGCUCCGAGGUGGUUAAUAGAGAUCAGCGCGACCAGGAUUAAGAAAUGAUCCAAUUCAUUAAUAAAUAUAUAAAUAUUCUAAAAUAGAAAUGUCAUGUAUUUAUGCCUGUUUAUCACCUAUUCUAUUUAAUAUCUAGUGUCAGAAUAUUAAUUUUAUUUCAUUUUGAUUUAAUGUAGUUAUGUAAUUUAUUAAGCUGAUACAAUCUGGAAUAAGUGUAACUUUACUCAUAGAGUUCCAGUUUAAGAUUUCUACAUAUGUGCUGCUGGCCAACAUUUGUUGUUAAAUAAAAUGUAAAUUCUUAAACUA